AUGUUUGUAAGAAGAAGCUAUUCCUUGAUUGGAGCUAGGAAAAGAUGUUCAUACCGACUACUGACGUCAGAAAGCGUUGGUAGAACUGCAUCGGUCCAGCAGGAGUCCUUGCAUGAUGGACAAAAGAAAGCAAUACAAGACAUGGACGAGUUUACGAAGGAGUUCCUAAGAAAUCGAAUUCCAGUCAGCAACAUUCAAAAGCUAGUACUAAGCGCUGGCAGCUCUCUCGCUGCAUUGAUCGAUCCACGAAGGCACGACAUGAUUGCUUGCCUUGGUGAGACGACUGGCCGGGAAGCGUUAGAAAAAAUGCAACAUUGCAUGAGGAACAGUGAGGAGGGCCAACAAAUUCUUUCGGAAAAACCACGCAUUAAUACUGGCACAGUAGACAUGAGUGCGCUAGAGAAGCUCCCAGAAAACACAUUCGGUUAUACGUAUGCUAAAUUCAUGGCAGAUAAUGUCAUUACACCCGAUUCUCGGAUGGAGGUCCGUUUCAUAGAUGAUCCUGAACUCGCCUACAUCAUGACCCGGUAUCGGGAAACGCACGACAUGGUUCACGCCAUCCUCGACAUGCCGACCAACAUGUUGGGUGAAGUGACGGUCAAAUGGGUGGAAGCAUUAAAUACAGGCCUUCCAAUGUGUUAUGGAGGAGCCGUUUUUGGCGCCUUCCGGCUUCGUCCCAAGCAAAGGCGAAACUACGUUCAACAGUAUCUUCCCUGGGCUAUGCGAACUGGUAACAGGAUUCAACCACUGAUGACAGUGUACUGGGAAAAACGGUGGGAGCAAGAUGUUUCCGAGCUACGCAAAGAAUUAAACAUUGAGCUGCUGAACGUGAAAUAA